AUGGUUGAGAAGUCUGAUAACGACGCGCUCGAGGCGCAAUUCGAGUCGCAAUUCCAGAAGCCUGGCGAUCUCGUCGAGCGCGACGAUGACACUGGCCUCAUGCAGGUUGAGAGUCUCUGCAUGAACUGCCACAAAAAUGGAAUCACCCGUCUUUUGCUGAUCAGGAUCCCUUACAUUAGUGACUGCAUUCUCGAGAGCUUCAGCUGCGAGCACUGUAACUUCUCUGACAACAGCAUCAAGUCUGCUGGUGAGAUCCAGCAGCGCGGCUCCAAGUACACCCUGGUGGUUGAAAAUGAGCAGGAUCUUGCACGUCAGGUUGUCCGCAGCGACUUCUCCACCUUCACUGUUAACAUCACCAACGAGAUUGAAUUGCCUCGUGGUAAGGGUCAAUUGACCAACGUCGAGGGUGUGAUCCAGCAAAUCUACGAAGGAUUGUCAGGAGAGCAGGAGCUUCGCAAGGACCAAGCCCCUGAACUGCACGAUGCCCUCGUUCCCAUUAUCGCACGUCUGAAGAAGAUCUUGGAUCGUGAUGACGCCUACCCUUUCACCGUCUCGCUGGACGAUCCCACCGGCAACUCGUGGAUCGCGCCCAACACCUCCGAUCGUGGCCUUAAGUACAAGCGCCAGGAAUACUCCCGUACCCACGAACAGAACGAGGAGCUCGGUAUCUCCAACGAUGCGAACGCUGUUGCCGCCGAAAACCCUGAUAUGGAUGCUGGAAACCCGGAUGACCUCGACAUUGUCGACGGUCAGGUCUACACCUUGCCCGCUGAGUGCCCCGGUUGCACCAAGCCCUGCGAAGUUCGCAUCAAGAAGAUCUACAUUCCCCACUUCAAGGACGUUAUGAUUUUCGCCACCCACUGUUCUCACUGUGCUUUCCGCAGCAGUGAUGUCAAGACUGGUGGUGAAGUCCCCGAGAAGGGCAAGCGCAUCACUCUCCAGGUCAACAACAUCGUUGAUUUGUCCCGUGACAUCCUCAAGUCCGACACUUGCGCGCUACGCAGUGAGGAGCUGGACCUCUCCGUCGAGCCCGGUACUCUAGGUGGUCGUUUCACCACUGUCGAAGGUAUUUUGACUGAGGUGAAGGAUCAGUUGGAGGGUAACGUUAUGGACACCGUCAACGGCGGUGGUGACUCCAUGCCUUCCGACGACAAGGUCAAAUGGGAGCGCUUCUUCGAUCGUCUCGACCAGGCCAUCAAGGGUGACCUCAAGUUCGUCAUCACCCUCGAGGACCCCAUGGCCAACAGCUACGUUCAGGAUCUCUGCUCGCCCGCUGUCGACCCCCAGAUCACCAUUGAGGAGUACACCCGUACCGCUGAGGAGGAAGACGACCUCGGUCUGACUGAUAUGAAGACCGAGGGCUAUGAGCAGGAUGAGGAGAAGGAGUAA